CAGAAAACUACCCUUAGCCGCCUGCCCAGUCCUGCUCUGCGCAUGCUCGCCUAAGUGAUACGAGCGCAGUGCACCAUGGGACUUCCUUUCUCUCCGAGGCCAUAUUGGAGUUAACUCACAGUUGGCCGGUCCGGACUAAACCGCAAACAUGGUGGCCGCAAAGAAGACGAAAAAGUCUAUGGAGUCCAUCAACUCCCGUCUCCAGCUGGUGAUGAAGAGCGGAAAAUACGUCCUGGGCUACAAACAGUCCCAGAAGAUGAUCCGUCAGGGAAAAGCCAAGUUGGUUAUCCUGGCCAACAACUGCCCAGCUCUCAGGAAAUCUGAGAUUGAAUACUAUGCUAUGCUGGCCAAGACUGGUGUCCACCAUUACAGUGGAAACAACAUCGAGUUGGGCACAGCCUGCGGCAAAUACUACAGGGUGUGCACACUGGCUAUCAUCGACCCUGGCGAUUCUGACAUCAUCAGGAGCAUGCCGGAACAGCAGCAGCCUGCUCAGUAGAUCUGUUGUUAUAAAUAAAGUUGGUGUUAACAGAAA